AGGGAUUUGGUAGACACAAGUCUGUGUUGAGGUGUGGAUGUCUAGUCUAGUGACACUGAACUCCUUGAAGACAGCCAAUGCUCUCUUCUUCCUCAACAUCUCCACCACUGAGACAGGUACGAACCAAGUGACGGUGAAAGAUCCAGUCCCAAUGCUGUUUAACAUCAUGGCACAUGUCUGA